CCCCAACUCACAACAUGGCUCUAGAAUCAAUCCUCCACUGGCCGCCGUACGUGUGGCUAUCACUCCUCCUCGCCAUCCCCGCCGUUACGCUCCUCCAUGAUGUCUGGGUAUGGAUGAGGAUGCCCCCCGGCCCGACCCCGCUUCCGUUCGUUGGCAACAAGCUGCAGCUGCCGAAAUCGCGGCCGUGGAUACAGUUCCAGAAGUGGUCGAAGGCCUAUGGACCUAUCUACACCAUAUGGAUUGGCAGGAAGCCGACCGUGAUCGUCUCCGAUCCCGUCGUUGCGGUCGACCUGAUGGAGAAGAGGAGCACCAAAUACUCCUCGAGACCGCGCAUGGUCGCCAUGGGAGAGAUCCUGUGGGACGGGGCUACCGUGCUGGUGCAGCCAUAUGGCAAGGAGUGGACAGUUCGACGGAAGCUGCUGCACCAAGCUUUGACUCCCAAGGCGCUCAGACUGUACAAGCCUGUGCAGACCGCGGAAGCGUCGCGACUGUGCUACCAGCUUCUCCAAACCCCGGCCGACUGGGAGAAGCUACUGGAGCGGUUUACCUCGAGCAUUGUUUUCUCCGUCGCCUACGGCCACCGCAUCGAUUCUCUGAACGCCGAGGUCAUCCACCAGAGAUUCAAAUUGAUGCAUUAUUCAGCAUCCUUGAACGUACCGGGCAAAUACAUGGUUGAAUCCUUCCCGAUCCUAAAGCAUGUUCCGGAUGCCCUUGCCCCCUGGAAAGCUGAGAUCAAGGCCCACGGAAGGGAAGAGGCGGCCGCGAACAUGGCCCUGGUCGACGUUGUACGCUCCGAUAUUGCUCGAGCCAAGACCCGCGGCGAUGACAUCCCCGACUCCCUAUGCAAGCUUCUUCUGGAGCUGCGAGAGAAGGAGCACAUUCCCCUAUCAGAGCGUGACUUCUCUUUCAUCCCAGCGUCUCUCUUUGGUGCCGGCUCAGAUACCACCGCAUCUACGCUCUGUACGGCCUUCCUCGCUUUGACUACGCAUCCGGAGACUCUACAUGCCGCACAUGAGGAGCUAGACGCCAUUAUUGGGAAUUCGAGGACCCCUACCUUCGACGACGAAUCCCGUUUGCCGUAUCUCCGCGCCCUGGUCAAGGAAGUGUUGCGCUGGCGUCCGGUCGCCGUGCUUGGAGGGACACCGCAUGCUUCCACGGAAGACGACUACUAUGAAGGCUACUACAUCCCCGCCGGCACCACUAUUCUCGGGAACUCGUGGGCUAUCAACCUCAAUGAGGAGUACUAUCCCAAUCCCCAUCACUUCAAUCCCGCCCGAUUUCUCGAUACCGUUCUUGCCGAGAAGGCGAAAUCGCCAACGCCCGAAUCUGGCAAGCCGCACCCAGCCAAAUCAGGCCACUCAUCCUUUGGAUGGGGAAGAAGGAUCUGUCCGGGCGCCGACCUGGCUGCGAAUAGUCUGUUCAUAGCGCUCUCGAAGCUUCUGUGGGCUUUUGAUAUUCUGCCGCUGAAGGGCGUCAGAUACGAUAUAUUUGCAUAUACCGAGGGUUUCAAUAUCCGUCCGAGGAAGUUCGAGUGUGAGAUCAGAGUUAGGAGUGAGGCGCACAGGGAGGUUCUGGAGAGAGAGCUGAAGGAGGCGGAAGCGGUUUUGGAGAGGUUCACACCGUUUGGCGAGUAGACGCUUCGUCUAGAGAUUUAGCAGGCUGUUUAGCGUGCGGUUCGCACUGACUUCCCCAAUGCGUCAUGAUCGAAAUUAGCAUUCUUCCGAAGGCC